AUGAUCAACUCAGAAUGUGGGUACCCAAAAGUUUCCAAUCGGAUUGUUGGGGGCUCGGAUGCUGUGUAUGGAGAGUGGCCCUGGCAAUGUUGUCAUAAUGACAUUGUAGAUGUGGAGUCUACAGAUCCACUGACCUGUACCGUCCUUCCUUGGAGGACCGCUGAGGACUACACUGCCCACCUAGGGGUCUAUCAGCUCUUAGUGAAGAAUCCUCACGAGCUUCUGUCUUCAGUGAAAGAAUUCAUCGUCCACCCCCAGUACACGGAGGUGGGGAGCAGGGGGGACAUUGCUCUGGUCCAGCUUUCCAGUCCUGUCUCCUAUACCCAUUACAUUGAGCCAGUGUGUCUGCCCGAUGCGGAGGUCACCUUCCCCUGUGGCCUGGAAUGCUGGGUGACCGGCUGGGUAGAUAUGUCCUCUGGGGUGAGUCUCAAGUAUCCCGAGACCCUCCAGAAGGUGAUGACCCCACUAAUUGAUUACGUGACAUGUGACCAGAUGUACCAUCAGUGGUCCCCAGAAGCUGCCACCACUGUAAUCAUUCACAAUUAUGAAAUAUGUGCAGGAUACAAAGAGGGGCAGAAGGACUCGUGCCAGGGAGACUCUGGAAGACCUCUGGUCUGUAAAGUGCGGGGUGUCUGGUACCAGGCUGGAAUUGUAAGUUGGGGUGAUAGCUGUGCACUACAAUACCGCCCUGGGGUGUACUCCCUGGUGACAGUCUACCAGUCAUGGAUCCUGGAAUAUGUACCUGAACUACAAGGUGGAGGAGAUGUCUUCUCUACAACCAGGACCCCAGGAGAUCCAGAAAACAUGAGCUGCAGACAUAUGCAGUAUGUCUCACCUUGGAAAGGAGAGAGCAGGGGAGAAGAAGAAGAAAAGCCAGAGGAGGAGAAGAGUAGAGAGUAG